UCCAAGUGUCAGUACGAAUUAAAAGCGUCUCGAGUACGAAUACGGUUGGGCAAUAAAAUUUGUGAACGAACGAACAUAGGGCAUUCGUGAAAUACACUAACCCUCGUAAUACACUAACACUCUCACCACACUUGCUUAGAGACGAAGUAAGUGAUCGCGAAAGGUGUGCAGCGACGAAGGAUUCAACGAUUCGGUGGAGUCAAGAAGGUUUUGAACAAUAAUUGUGCAACGGUCGCUUAAAGGAUAACUAGUAAAGGAGUAAAAAUGGAGAUUUUGUCCGCCAGAGUGUCGUUUGUCGCGUUGCUUAUGCUCGUUGCUUGUGUGCUGUUGGUGCAAGCACGACCACAGGCGCCAGAGCAACCAGAGCCGUAUGAAUACCAGUAUGAGGUUAAGGAUCCCGAAAAAGAAUUAUUCUUUAACAAAAACGAAGCAGGUGAUGCUGCUGGAAAGGUGUCUGGUCAAUACUCUGUGUUGCUGCCUGAUGGCCGCCUUAUGAUGGUUGUUUACACAGUGGAGGGGGAGAAUGGCUUUGUGCCUAAAGUGUCGUUCGAUACAACAAACCCACUGGGUUAGAAGGCGGCUGAAGCAAGCUAUAAAUACACGCAAAAACACGAAAAAGACAUAUCAAGAAGUAAAAUCUAAUCUAAUGGAAAAAGUUAAAAGGAAUGGUGAUGGUAUACUCGUAAAUACAACAGCAAUGGAAUCAAUUAGAAUUUUUUUAAGGAGAAAGCGAAAAAUAAAUAAAUAUUUAGUUAAUUAUUAGCUAAGUGGUAAAGUGCAAAAAUAGUGAAAUAUUGCAUAACUAAGAAAGCAACAACACACACAAACAUACAUGCAUACACAUACGUAUAUACACAUGUAUGUUCAGAGCGACAUACGCAAACAGACAUAGGUACGCAAAGGCAUAAAUAUAUGUAUGGCUUAACACGUAUGGAGGACUUAAGCAUUAAUAUUGGAUUAAAAGGCUUGUGUGCAGCAACAACAAUAACAAGAAAACAACAUCGUCGUCGCCAUUAAAAUUAAAUUAACUUUUGAAUGCGAACAUUGUAAAUAAAAUUUUAUAAAUACAUAUGUACAUACAUAUGUUUUUUCGCACUUAUAAACGUGCACCAUAUGUAUUCACCUACAUUUCUCAAUCUAUCAACUUCCACACUUUAGAUACAUGAUGUCUUCAACUAUAUUUUAUAACUUAGUUACAUAUAUAUAUAAACUUAUAUAUGUUAAAUAUUAUAUUAUGAUUUUGGUAUUGUUAAUUUUAUAUAAUACUACACAUACAUAUAUAUUUGUAUUAAAUGUACAUCAUCUUCUUCGCUUUACGCGCGGAAAGCGUUCACUAUGUACCUUUUGACAAUACAAAUUGAAAAAAAAAACAAUAAUUGCAAACAUGCAAAUCGAUAUUUGUUACAGUUACACAUAAGAAUGAAUGGAAAAUGGCUCAAUUAUAAAGUAAUAAAGGAUUUCAACUUAAAAGAGACCACUAAA